UCCGGCAGGGGCGGCAGGAGACACACACGCGAAUUUAUUUUUCCUCUCUGGGGAGAGGACGACGACGUUCCGGGAGUCGUCGAGAGGGGCGUGCGAUCGCGGGAUCCUGACACGAGUGACACGAUGCGGCCCACACCGCGCCGUGUACCGCGCUAAUAAUCGGAAUCUCGUCACCGGUUCUCGACGACGAGGACCCCCGUCGACCGGCGGGCUCGCGCGAGACUGCCCGUGUGUUUGUGUGUGUGUACUGCGUGUGCCCAUUGGCGUGUGAUCCUGCGAAUCCUGGUGGACGUGCACGUCAAGAGUCCGUGGACUGUGAUGGCGGCGUUGUUGAAGGAUAGGACACAAUUCACAUUCGAGGACAAAUGGCCGUACAUGCGCCCAAUCAUACUGAAACUGCUCAAGCAAGAGCCAGUGACGCAAGGGGAAUGGCAGGAUCUGUUUUAUUCCGUUCAUGUAUGCCUGUGGGACGACAAGGGGCCUCCCAAGUUACACGAUGCUCUGAAGGAGGAUAUAAUGGCUUUUAUAAAACAAGCUCAACAGAGAGUUUUAGCGCAUCAAGAAGAACAGGCAUUGUUGAAAGCAUACAUCACCGAGUGGAGGAAGUUUUUUACCCAGUGUAACUAUUUACCAACACCGUUUAGACAACUAGAAACAUACCUCGCCGGAAAAGGGACUUCUACACAGAAGAAGAAUCAGCCUGAUGAUGUUGUUAGAAAGCUAAUGUUGGACAGUUGGAACCAAAGUAUAUUCAAUGAAAUAAAACAAAAACUUCAGGAUGCAGCCAUGAGAUUAGUGCGAGCCGAGAGAAACGGCGAGGCGUUUGAUUCUCAACUAGUUAUCGGCGUUAGAGAAUCUUAUGUGAAUUUGUGUUCAAAUUCGUCGGAUAAGCUCCAAAUAUAUAGAGAGAAUUUCGAGACGGCGUAUGUAAACGCCACCGAUGAGUUUUACAAGAUGAAAGCGGGAGAUUAUCUGAGUCUGCACGGUGUAGAAAAUUAUAUGCGUUACGCCGAUUCGAAGUUGAGAGAGGAGGAGGCGCGCGCUCAGAAGUACUUGGAACCGACGAGUAUGCAACGAUUAACGGAUUGUUGCGUGAAAGUGUUGGUCGCGACCCAUACGUUAGCGAUACUCGCGGAAUGUCCGCAAAUGAUUCAAAAUAAUCAAACUGACAAACUUCGCCUCAUGCUGAAGUUAAUGGAUAGAGUGCCCGACGGCGUCAAUCCUAUGUUGAAAAAUUUGGAAGACCAUAUCUCGAACGCAGGUCUAGCGGAUAUGAUGGCAGCUGUAGACGUUAUCACUCAAGAUUCCGAGAAAUACGUGGAAAGACUGUUAGAUCUUUUCCAUAGAUUUUCCACGCUUGUUAAAGAUGCGUUCGAUGAUGAUCCGCGGUUUCUUACAGCACGAGAUAAAGCUUAUAAGCUCGUUGUGAAUGACGCCACGGUAUUUAAAUUAGAAUUGCCUACUCGGCAGGGCUCUGGAAUCGGUGGCGCGUCCGUUUUAAAUAAUAGACCUAUUACUAAUAAUAACGGACUAGCCGAAUCGAAGUGUCCGGAACUCUUAGCGAAUUUCUGUGAUAUGCUUCUUAGAAAAACGCCGCUCAGUAAGAAAUUAACUACUGAUGAAAUCGAAAGUAAAUUGAAGGAUGUGCUGUUGGUGCUAAAAUACGUUCAAAAUAAGGACGUGUUUAUGCGUUAUCAUAAGGCGCAUUUAACUAGACGGUUAAUAUUAGAUACGACAACGGAUUCGGAAAAAGAAGAAAAUAUGGUAGACAUGCUUCGUGAAGUCGGCAUGCCCGCGGACUUUGUUAAUAAAUUAGCCCGUAUGUUCCAAGAUAUUAAAGUAUCUCAGGACCUGAAUCAACAAUUUAAAGAACAAUGUCGAGCUACUAUUGCAGAUAGUAUAAAUAUCAAGAUUCUCAACGCAGGCGCAUGGGCCAGGGGUAGCGAACGCGUCACCGUGAGUUUGCCGCUUCAGUUGGAAGAUUAUAUUCCGGAGGUCGAAGAAUUUUAUAAAAAAAAGCAUAGUGGCAGGAAGUUGCAAUGGCAUCAUCAUAUGUCGAAUGGCACGAUAACAUUUGCGAAUAAAGUGGGACGCUUCGAUAUAGAUGUAACGACCUUCCAAAUGGCGGUGUUGUUCGCUUGGAAUCAACGACCCAACGAAAAGAUCUCUUACGAGAAUCUCCGGUUGGCGACCGAGCUUCCGGAUCCCGAGUUGAGACGAACUCUGUGGUCUUUGUGUGCCUUCCCGAAGUUAAAACGGCAACUUCUUUUGGUGGAACCGCAUGCCACUACCCCGAAAGAUUUUGCGAACGAUACAAGAUUUUGGGUUAAUCAAGAAUUCGCUAUAGUAAAAAAUGGCAAGAUGCAAAAGCGGGGGAAAAUUAAUUUGAUAGGACGUCUUCAAUUAUCAACGGAACGUAGCAGAGAAGAGGAUAACCAAUCUAUUGUACAACUCAGAAUAUUACGGGUUCAGGAAGCUAUCAUCAAGAUCUUAAAGAUGCGCAAGAAGAUCACUAAUGCGCAGCUACAGACCGAACUAGUGGAUAUAUUGAAAAAUAUGUUCUUGCCGAGUAAAAAGAUGAUAAAGGAACAGAUUGAAUGGCUCAUUGAACACAAAUAUAUUCGGAGACACGACGAUGACAUUAAUACGUUUGUGUAUAUGGCAUAACACGGGAUUAUAUAUACAUGCGAGAUUGUUCGAGCUCUGUGGUUAAUAUUAUAUUUUUAUAAACAAAAAAAAGGAUUUAGUUUUCUCAUGUGUGAGGAUACGUUCGAGUCCAUCGCAUUGGUGCGAUUAUGUUUCACCUGUUUUCUUACAGUUCAGUGGAAAGAAAGAAAGGACGAUGUACUGCUGCAUUCAGUCUUGAGAUCAGUGAGAUAAGAAGUCGAUAGGACAAGUUGCAAUCAUCUCCACUUGACAAUUGCUGACUAUUAUACGUGAAUAAAGUGAAAUGUAUAACAAAACUGGAGAAAGUGUCGCAAUAAUAAUAAGAAAGAUGUACAAUAUUGUACUACGAUGAAACUAGCAUUUAUCGUUUAUUUUGGCAUUGAUCUAUAUUAAUCUAAUUAGAGAAGAGAAAGUGGAUUAAAUUAAAAGGGGAGUUAUAUAUGUAUAUACAUCGAUGGCAUUAUCACUACUUUAAUCGUUUAUACUUCGCUAAAAAAAAUUCUUGAAAUGUUUUUAUAUAUUUUUUUCCUCGAGAAUCCGUACUUUAACUAAAUUUAUCAAAAGCCUCCGUGUUGUACAUUAUCGACACACAGCAACAAUUUGGCACUAAAAACAUCGAUCCUUGCACAAUCUGAACGACAGUGCACGUAUAUAUGUACAUUGCAUUAAAUUCAAUCGUAAACAAUAAAAAUUCGCAUAUACUUGAAUAUAAUAUUUUACAUACGGAUUUGCUCGUCACUAAUUAGAUGUGAACUACUGCAAAACAUUCGUUCGAACAUUCUCUACAUGGUAGUAGCACAUUCUUGAUUUAGCCCUAGAAUUUAUAAUUAAAUUUCGCGGACGGCGUUCGAAGGAUGGUCAUAAUUUUCAUUUUCAAACACAUUAAAAGCCCGACGAAUAACGUCGUCUAAUGGCCUACAAUACUUUAAUGCAUAUAAGCAUAUAUACCUCGCAACACCAAACUUGAUUUUAACAGUGAUAGAAAUGUGUGUGUAUUUGUACGAUGAUUUUUCUACAUCUGGAACAGUCACGAUGAUUCGAAUCGUCGGAACAAGUCGGAAAAAAUAGUUAUUUAAGCAAAUAAUAACGACGGUUAUAUGUAUAAAGCUUUUAUAUAACUUCAAUAAGUGAAAGACGAGUGUAAUGGUAUAAAAUCUCAAUGAAUUAAACGACAGAGUAUUUCAUAACUGUGUACAAUA